AUGACAUCAAUUUUCACUUUCGGCUUCAACCGACACUCCAAAGACAGCAGCAACAACAACAACAACAGCAACAGCAACAGCAAUAACAACAGUAAUAUCCACGAAAGCAGUAACAAUAGUAAUAGCAAUAGCAAUAGCAGUAGUAUUCAUCCUCUUCAAGACCUUCAAAAUGUCAUCAAACGACUAGAUCCCAGUCGAUGGUGGGCUCAACUACGACAUAAACAACCCCCGGACACCGAGACCUACCAAUGGCGCACUCUAUCUCCAGACGUACCACCUCUCCCUUUUACAGGAAUUCAAUCGGCAAUCUUGAGGACCGACACAACACAAACCCUCAAUUCAAACUUAAUACGUGAUAGAUCAGCUGUUGCAAUUGGUACCUUUUUACCAAAGGCUCCACCAAACAAGCGCCAGCGGCCUCCAUUUUCUCCUUUUGACCGAACGAGUACUCGAUCAGAAACAAGAACCCUUUAUACAAUUGUCGAAGAAAGUGAUGUGCUACUGGUUCCAGAUCCACUAUUACACUCUGUAUUGAGGGUAGAAGAAGAGCUCUUGCUAGUAGACGACAGCUGCAAUUUCAAUGACAUGCUCACCACCCAAUCCUCCGAUUGUAUUACUCACCACAGCUCCAUUGGCUCUUCUCAUUCUUCAUUCGACCCACAUGAUGAGUUACAAGAAGUCUGUGCGCCACGAGAACAGGUUGCACCUGUACAUCUACCUGUCGCUGUAAAAAAAGACGAAAACGAAAACAAAAACAAAAACAAAAACGAAGACGAAGACGAAGACGAAGACGAAUUAAAUAAUCAAGACAUCAUCAAACAAAAAUUUAUCAGCAUGAUAAAUGUUGCAAUCGCCUAUAGACAGAAACACAUACACGACGCUCCAAUAGAGACCCAAGUCGUCUUUGAUUACAACAACAAUGUUCGCCAAAUGAGAAUGUUGAUUAACGGCAAUGUUGAAUACCUAGAUUUUAAUGGAAAUCCACAAUAUAUACCACCAGAAGUAUCGAUAAAUAGAAAAUAUGACACAGAAAUGGCUGAUGUCUGGGUUCUUGGCGUGUCUCUCUAUCGUAUGCUUGCAGGCAAGUAUCCUUUCGAAGCGCCCAAUGAUCGAAUACUGUUUGAGAAAAUGCUGCAAAGCGACUAUAUUUUUCCAGACAGUAUACCACCAGAUGCAGUGGACUUGAUACAGCUUAUGCUUGUUCCAGACAAUACCCGGAUUCCUUUAGACUUCAUAAUAUCCCACCCUUGGUUAGAUCCACCAGAUAGAGAUGACAUUCUAGAGCCACCCAACCCAUUUGGACAUCGAUUCACCAAGUCCCCGCCACCUCUUGACUCACCGUCUUUACCAAGAUCACGUUCGGUUGAAUUCCAAAAACCACCCAAGCAAAAGAAGUUUGUCAAACGCAAAAUAUCCCGGCUAGUUGGACUCUUAUUUAAAGGACCAAACCAGCCACCCCAAUACCCUUAUCGUGAUCUUGCAAAUGUCGGACGACCUGCUACUACUACUAUUAUAAAUAUUAUCAAUUGA